ACAAAGUUUUCCCUUCAACUAUCUAUUGAUACGUACAUAAAAAACAUGGCUGCUGUAUACCCAAGAACCUGUUACAAGUGUGGUGAAGUCGGACAUUUGGCCGACAACUGUCAACAAGAAGAAAGAUUGUGUUACAACUGCCGUAAGGCCGGACAUGAAUCUUCUGAUUGUCCAGAACCAAAGCAGGCUACUCAAAAGCAAUGUUACUCUUGUGGUGACUUAGGUCACGUUCAAUCCGAAUGUCCUACUCAAGCCCAAGGUGCCAAGUGUUACAACUGUGGUCAAUUUGGUCACAUUUCUAAGAACUGUACUUCUGCUGGUGCCACCACUGGUGCUGCCCCAAUUGCUAGAAAGCCAGUUGUCAAGGGUACCACUUGUUACAAGUGUGGUGGUCCAAACCACUUUGCCAGAGACUGCCAAGCUGGUUUGGUCAAGUGUUACGCCUGCGGUAAGACCGGUCACAUUUCCAAGGACUGUUCUUCUGCUUCUGGUGGUGACAACGCUGUCUCCAAGGUUUGUUACAACUGUGGUGAAGCUGGACACAUCUCCAAGGAAUGUGACAGAGACAACUAAGCUAAGGAGAUUUUAUAUAAAAGAAGAUGUGAAGAUUGAAGUUUGAUGCGUUGUUGUAUAUGUGUGGUUGCCGUUGGUUGUGUGAAAUAAGAGCCGGGUUUCUUUUUUACAAUUUUAAUGAUCUCUUUUUCAUGAUUUUAUCCUCUUUAGUUAGGCUAAUAAUAGUACGUUCCAAGUAAGAUUUGAU